AUGUUGAUUUUUCUUCUCCUUCUCCUCCAUUUUCCAACUUUUCCUUGUGAAGAUUUCCAAGAUUUACCAUUUCUCGCAAGUUAUUCAAAUUGGAGUACAAAAGGAAAUUUGGCGCCAACUCUGUUUCGAGUGGUCCUGGAUACAGAAAAUCCGCCAUUUGCCAUUCGAGUAUCGGUCACUUCUGAAAAUGUGACUUUACGAAAUCCGUUGACAUUGAAUGUGAUUCGAGGGAAAACAGUUCAUAAUAUUGCGAACUUUGGAAUUCCAGAAUUCGCAAUCUCAGAACUUCGGAACUUCAAAACUUCAGGACUUCAGAAUCUCACUAUUUCAAGAAAGACAAUGGAGAACUUCGAUACUUUCCUCACUUCCAAUUUUUCUCAAUUUUAUUUCUUAAUUCUUUUUCAUUUCCUUUUGUUUCUCAAUAUUCCUUCGUUUUUUUCCCAAUUUUUCUUAAUUUUCCUCAAUUUUCGAGCUGAUAUUUUGAUAAGCAUUUCGUUAGUUGACUACUAUGUGAUAUCUGUCUCAGGAAACGAGAUAUAUGGGUUCAAAGUUGACAAGCGAGUUAAACGCCACCGUAGCUCAGCAGGUAGCGCGGUACCUCCAACACUCCCCCGUAUCCAAUCCCAUCAAGGCCAAAAGCAUACAUAUUGGUUUGCAAGUGACACACUUUGUGAUGAUGAUCGAUCUAUGGAACAACUUGGUCAACCAGUCUAUCUAUCCGUUGCCAGUUCUCUUCCAAGUGAUUUUCAAAUUCUAGUGAAGCCAGUUCCCAAUUUCCAUUAUCAAGAACCAUUCUCUACUUUGGACACUCCUUCGGAACCUCGAUAUUUUAUGUACACAUUUCCUAAUGCUGUGGAUAAAGUGGACAUCAGAGCCUACUCGGAAACGGAGAUUUGUGCAAGAUUGACUGUUCGGCGAGUUGAUUGUCCCCUAUUCGAUGGUUUCGGAAUGUUAGAGCUGAGCAAUGACUACUAUUUUCAAACUUUCACAAAAUUUGCUGGAUUUUCAAUUCGAAAAGAAGACAUUGGAGACCAAUUUCAUAUCGCGUUUACUGUGAUGCCAGAUGACACGCUUUGUGGGAAUUUUACAGAACCUUUAUGGAAAAUUCCAGAUGUUUAUCAUAGAGUGAAGGAAGCGAAAAUUUCGGUGACACCUGUUGAAGAGAAAACUUUGGUAUCUGUCAUCCCGCUAUUCAUUUAUGCAGCCAGUAUAAUUUUUGUGCUUUUAUUGACAUAUUUCAAGUAUCGCCUUUUGGAUCGUCAUGAAAACAAUGAGCCAAGUAUUUUUGAAGGAAAUGAUCUGGAGGGAAACGUGAAGCUGGAUAAGCAAUGGCUUUUUGAGAACCCCGGAGAAAAAAUAGUUAGUCAUCAUGAAUAUCAAAAACAGCGAUUGAUCAAGGAUUCCAAAUAUUUUAACUUCCUCUUCUUCCAAAUCUUCGGCUCCAUCCUCCCUGCUCUCACCACCCUAUUCCAAAACUAUCAGAAAACUUCCAACAAACAAAAUCUGGACAAAUGCUACCUAAACUAUCUCUGCUCUCUUCAGAUUUUCAAUUUCAAUUCCCUCAACUCUGUUGCCAGUGCCAGCAGCCUUGCUAUCGUCGGAAUUCUGAAUUUGAUAAUUGUUUUUCGAAAGAAAAUAUUCUGUUAUCAAGUUCCGCGAAUUCCAACAACACAUGGAAUCCAACAAAGGGAUGCUCCGAAAGUCGUUUGCUUGCUGGGCUGCGUGGCAAUGGGAAUUCUAGGGAUAAUAACGAAUAACUGUCCGAACAAGUCCACUUUGCAUAUUUUCAUUUACACAUGUCUCUGGAUUUUUCAUUCAGCGAUUAUGUGGAUCUAUUCAAAACGUCACGGCGUUCGAAGAUGGCAUCAAUUCUACAUCAUCGCUGUUUCAUCGAUUUUUGGAUGUUUGGCAUUUGCUGAAAAUAUCUUCGAAUCUACCGAAUCUUCUACAACACCCCUCAAAAUCAUCUUUCUGUUGGUCACAAUAAGUUCUACUGGUUUUUUCUGCUACAAGUACUAUUUUGAGAGACCCUCAGGUCUUCAAGUAAGUCAAUGGAUCCCAUCUCUAUUCUCUACCGGGCCAACCCUAUGCGAUGCCAAUGGAGUGUACAGGCCUUUGAAAUCCAAAAUUUGUUACAUGGUUCUAGCAAUGGGGUUUUCGGUUUAUAUCCCUGUCACUGCUCUGCUAAACCCUAAAAAUACCGUAAUCUAUUCGUCGUUCGACUGGGCAAAAGGACAAGUUGGCAUCUAUUUUUGCUACUAUUUGAUUCAGAAAAUUCGAUUUGAACGGAGCUCAUUUACAAUGAGCUUCAAAAUUAUUUGCUACGGAACGACGGCGAUUUUUUUGAUUUCUGAAACUUUCAUACACGACAUUUUUUAUCAUCAGUUGAGGACCUAUUCUGUACAGGUGGGGGGACAUGAAAAAAAUAAUGUUCUCGAAAUUUCGUUCAAAGGUGCCCCUCGAGGAGUUGAACUUGUGAGAGCGAUGAUGGAGGGUGCAGCACCGCUACCGACUGAGCCACGCGGGCAAAGAGAAAGCGCACGCCCGAUUGCAUACAUAAAGGCGAGGACGACAGCUGUACGCAGAGUGACAUUAAGCGUUGUACACCGUGACGCUGUAAAAUUUUCUAUUGGAGACAAUCAGAAAUGUAUAUGA